CGAACUUGGAGUCAUUUUAAAUCAGUUAUGCCUUGUUUAAACUAACGGUCCAUAAUAGUACCAACCCUUGAUCUCAAAAGAUGGUAUGUCUAUCACUGAUACUGGAAAAUUACUAAUUAAAGAUCUUUUCUAAAUGAAAUUGAAAAAUUUAUACUUUACUAAACCCUAAUGAUAUAUCAUCUGGCUAUACGUCUGUGUAAUUAGUAAAUUAAAAAAAAGGGUCGUGUGAAUUGGCUCAGGAUUUUAAUAGUGAUAUUAUUUUUCUUGGAACUUCAAACCAUCUCUGAUAUCCAUAGUUAAUAGGUAUCCAUCCAUCUAGACCGUUUGGGAAAGGUUAAUUAAUCCAAGUUCAAUCACAUAACAAUGUCAGCAGGUAUCCCUGUACGGUUAUUGAAUGAGGCACAGGGUCAUACCAUAUCGUUGGAAUUAACAACUGGUGAUACGUAUAGAGGAAAGUUACUUGAAAAUGAAGAUAAUAUGAACUUAUCAUUAUAUGAUGUUGUAAUUACUAAAGGUAGAACAGGUGCAACCACUUAUAUGAAUCAAGUGUUUGUCAGAGGUUCUAUGAUUAGAUUCAUUUCAGUUCCAGAUAUAUUGAAAAAUGCUCCUAUGUUUUUUAUGAAAGCUGGUGAUAAACCAAAACCUCCAGUUAGAGGUCCACCUCCAAAAAGAGUUAGGCGUUGAUAAGUCAAACCAAAUUAGAAAUCACCAUAAUCAUUGUAUAUUAGUAUGUAAUAUAGA